UGCAAUAACAACGUCCCUCCUCCUCCUCCCUCGCUUCCCAUCAGUAGUCCAGUUGGUCCUCUUUUUUGUCUUGUCAUUCAUCCCAUGUCGUCAUUUCAUGGCAAUAUUUAUCUUCAACUCGGCUGAUCCCACUAAAUGACUAACUCGCUUCUUGACAUUCAUUUAUUUCGUCGAGUGGUAUGGAAGCUGCAUAAAGGCAAACUUUGGUCAAGUGCGACAAGAAGUGGGAUCUUGAUUGAUGUCAAGUUUUAUUUUUUAAAAUUCGCAUUAAAGUGACAAAUUCAAUUCCCGGCGUAAACUGAGGAGCUGUUUAAUUAAUUCGAUUGUCGACAUAAAAUCUGUGAAGUAGUGAGUGCUAAAAACCUGAUUAAGCUGAAACCCCCUUGGACACAAAAAGGUAUCGAGUUACGAAGUCAAAGUGAAGUGAAUAUCUGAGUGCCGGUCCUCGCGUCCUCCUCUACAACUACCCGGGUAUUAUAUUAAUCCGGGACAUAUAUUACUGAACUGACUCCUCUGAGCUCUUCUUGGCUUGUUGUUACCAAGCAAGAAACAAACCGAGAGCACGAUUCCUCCCGAUUUGCAAGGGAACAAAAACCAAGAAUUUGGCACAACCGCACCACCAACUCUACCAACUCUAUCGUCGCUCUAUUUUAGCAAAUGCCAGCACCAACCUUUCCAGUCUUGCAGUGUUCUCUCGCAGAAUAAUAAUAAGCGACAUGCUCCAGCCAAACACGCAAAAAUACAUGACAAAGUUUUUAAAAAUCUAAAUAAGAAAGACGAUAUUCUCAAAAAAAGACCUACACCACCUUUGCACAUUCUUGUCUCAAAUUCAUUGCAUUUUAAUAAGAACGGCUCAGAAUACAUAUGAAAGUAAGUGGCACUUUAUUACCUCCGCAUAAUAACUAUAAUCAAAUAAAGUUGCAUUCCACUCGAUUGAAUUAUUGUUCAGUUUGAUUUUAACUUCUUGCCCACGCCACGCCACGGACCGAAGCCAUUCUCUCCUCUUCGUUCUCGUGCAUACAUAUUUGCAUCAUUGGAAGCAAUAAUGUUUAUUGUUAUUGUGAGAAUCUAACCAAAUCCAUACCCAACAAAAUAACUACAUAGCUUCAUCUCUCUCUCUCUCUUUCAACGUACGGACAUAAACUUUUCGAGGAGUUGAUUUGUUUAACCAGCUUCAGCAGCUUUAUGCAACAAGCAAGUGAAUGCAGUGAUGAUCUCAUAAAUGCGAAAACUGCCUGGAAUCUGGGAGAAGAACUAAACUAACAAGUUACAGAUAAAUGUGGUGGUCUUCAAAAUAGUUAUAUCAUCCGCAGCAUGACUCUUCUCUAUUGUGGAGUGGAUCUCGUUUUGCCGAUUCCAUUUGCUGCUUGGCAGAUUCUGCAUUAUUCUGGAAAUACGAGUCGGCUUCUUACUUGAGGUCGUUCGUUACAUAAUUUAUACAGUAAAUCAAUAUCUCCACACGUACAUUGUUCCGUGCUAUUAAAUUUAUUGCAUUAUUAAUAAUCAAAUAAAUAAGUGGGACUAAAAUAUCAAAUUUUUUCAUGUCGACUUGCUAAAUGUUUAUUUAAGUGAGUGAGUGACUUAGCAAAGUGACUUAGCAAAUACAUAAAUGCGAGUUAUGACUGUAAUAAUAGUAAAGUUGUUAAAUAUGUAAAUGCGAGUGAACGAUCUUCUCGCUAAUAAAUGAGCAAGACUUGGACUUGAGAUUUUUGUUUGGUCACAAGUCGGCGUGAAAUUGUUACGUAACAAGUUUUCGAACGCAGAGUGAAAGUGAAUAAAAAAAGGAUAUUUCUCCGAGAAAAUGCUGGCCGAUAAUUGGAAUUUCCGAGAAACCGGUAAAUUGGGAACCAUGCUUCGCUUAAUGCUCUUACUCAGCGUGUCACUCACGGUGGGGUCGUCACCACCUCCGCUCGACGAGUAUGAACCACUCCCCGUCCCGAUGACGUUACAGGUCCCACCCCCGGGGAUGAGUGGUCAUCAUUAUUAUGGAGAUGAGGAACAAGGACGAGCAUCGUCAAGGAGCAAGCGGGACAUCACGAGCGACAUAUUCGAUGCCGCGGGGUCUCUCGGCGUUGGAGAGGGCUACCUCAAAAAGUUCCGCGCUCUUGUGGAGGGCACGCCGCCCAAAAUGAAGGACGCCCUUCUCGCUCAGGAUUUCUCGAACGUGACGGCUGACGACAUGAGACGGCUUAACAUCACCGUCAUCGAAUACCUUCCGCCGAAAAUUAUAGCGAAAUUGAAUUCCACUCUGCUCUUCCCCGUGGUGGAGAGGCUUCUUCAGGCCAAUAAACCCAUCGCGAUGGGAAGGGUGAUGACCGCUAUGGGCGAUAAGCUGGACUCGGACGCUCUUUUGGACAAGCUGCAGGAUGCUGGUGGUUUUAAAGAUUCGACCGAGGAAGCAGCCAAUGUGCUCUUGCACACCGCCCUGAACAAAAUAAGCGACGGGAAGCGUGGUCUGGACGUCAUGAUGAUCAAUCGCCUGGGUCGAGAGCGUCUCCUCGACCUCGUCCCCGAAGAACAACUCAUGAAAGUCAGAGACUCGGAUGCAGCUAAAAUCCUACUUCAACGAGUCUACUCUUCUCAAGCGACGGCAUCUCCGGAACAUAAAGAUGUCGAUGACCAAGCCCUCAUUUAUAAAUUGGUGCAAACGAGUUAUGGCAAGGCGGAAGAUUGGACUCAGAAUACCAUCAAAAGUUUGGGCGGAGCUGUACUUGGCCAACUCCCGGCCAGUUUCUUAACCACUUUCAAUCCCGAAGCGGUCAAAAAUUCGAUGGCGAAAUUAAGCCAGACCGACUUUGGAAGUCCGCUCCAAGCUAAAGCGAUCGCAGAUGUGUUUAUGAAGUCAGUCUCUGGAAAUAUUUCGACGACAGAGGUCGGAGAGAUGGGAAACUUGGCGGCGUUCAUUAACCCAGAAUCCGUCGCUGAUAGGCCGACCGUUCUUCAUAGGAUUAUCUCGUCGUGUGAAAACCUCAACCUUCCCGCACCCCUCAAGGCAGUCUCCGAAAUCUUGAAGCAGAAGCUGCAAGGUGGAGAGAAAGCCGUGUCAGAUUUGGAUUGGAGUGACAUGAGGGAAAUGUCGGGCUCUUUUUUGAAGAAUUCGCCCCCCGCCGUCCUCGGCAGGGCCAUAGAACUCACCGCACUUGAUCCCAAACAACUCGGCGAGAUUGCGGGAGGUUCCGGUGGGAAGGGAUCCUUCAUCAAUCCAUUCUUUCAGGGAGUCAUUUCUCAAGUCUCCGCAUACGCCGUAAAAUUGUUCCGCGCCUCAUCAACCGGUGGACAAGGGUUCCGCGGACUUCCAGCAGCAUUUUUAGGGGCCCUUGGCAUUCGUGGGAUUCGAGACAUGAGCCAACGCGACAUGACGGACGAUCUCCCCGCAAAACUCCGUGAUAAUCCGGACGCUCUUGAUGACGCGCAGAAAGCCAUGUUGAUCAAACGUCUCCGAGAUCAAGAUCUCCUCAAUACGACGCUGCCCAUCCUUCCGCCCGAAAUUAGGGGGCUCCUCCCAAGAAAAGGUGACGGGAUCCCGCAACCUCAACCACGCCGAAAUAAUAACGACAUUCUCGAUGGGCUCCCAUCCGAUGCGGAAUUAAGAUUGGCGUACGGAUAUGGGAAAAAGUUCACCGCCGCUGAUCUUGAACGUGAUCCCCGUUUGGUGGGAACCUUAACGCCGAAACAAGUCAUGGAUAUGGACAUCGAGGAAAUCCCCGCUGUGCUCGCUGCCGUUCGUGAAAGCAAGGAUGGCCCACAACAACAAACCCUCGCCGAGUUAUCCAAACGUUUCGCUGAGUAUAUUCGGCUCAAAUCGGAAGAUUUUGAUUCCCCGGAUAAAAAAUUGUUGAAAUACAUAUCCGCCGCGGAAGUCUCAAAACUUCCCGCAACCGUUCUCGCCUAUUUUAUCGACUCCCGACAAACCGCCAAACUCCCGCCAGAUGUGAGGAAGGAGAUUAUGAUUGCAAUGGGAGAACUAUCGACGAAGGAUCACGCCGCCAUACCGGCUAAAACACGCGAAGAGAUUAUUCUCCAAGGACUGGCCGCUAUUGACAAAUUGACGGGCGGGGCGUCCAAAAAAUUGGACGUAACUGAACUUGCCGCCAUUGGUGGCAGCGUCGGGGACCUAUCUCCCUCCCGCAUUGAAUCCUUAACCCCAGUGGCUGCCGAGCAAGCCCUGGAAAUAAUUAAGGGCGCAGCGGAUGAUGACGACGACAGGCUAAAACAGCGCGCAUGUCUCAACAAGGAACAAAGAGCUGCCUGGCGAACAAAGAUUAUUCAACUUUAUGGGGAUCCGUCGAAAUGGGACCCUUCCACGGUGACGUCCCUUUGUUGCGUGAUCGGUCUGCUGAACGAGAACGACAUGGUGGCAAUCCACCCUGAAGCCCUGGCCACGUGCAGAUGCGCAUCCGACAGCAACCCACCCUCACAUCUGCGCGAACUCAAGAAAGCUCUCGACGCCAAUUGUCGUCAUUCUCUGGGCGGCGAUGCGUCCUCUGCCGCCUUGAAGAAAACCAUGGACAAGGUCAAAUCGGAAAUUGCCUUCGAUCUGGACGAUCUUGAGUCUCAAAUCGUUCCGUUGAGACGUCGUCGUCGUCGAAAUUCGGAAUCCGACAAUGAAGACAUUAAACUGACCUGUUUCAAGGUUCGCGUGGCAGGAAAUGCGGCUCAUUUUUCGAAGGAGCAGCUCGAGUCCCUGGACCCAAUCGAGAUCAAGGAUUGUCUCUACGAGCUGGGCUCUGAACCUUUGCCGCACGAUCAUGCUCGCAUCCUGUGGGCUAAACUGGUCAAGUCGAAGGGACGAGAUGGCGGGGUUUUGCAACCGGACGAUAUCCGCGCGGGUGGCGCUGUACUGGGAGGAAUUCGGCUAAGCGACGUGAACGGACUGAACUUGGGAGAUUGGGAUAUCGUUUAUCCGUUUGGGAAAACUGUGGGAUUGUCGAAAAAUGUGUUGGAAAAGAUCGCGUCCAAUUUGGAGGAGAAACAGUCGAAACCACUUUCUCAAUUUGACACCAAUGAUCUCGUCGUGACUCGGAACAUCCUUUGCGGCUUUAGUCCGGAACGUUUGAGUGAAAUCCAGAUUAAAGCUUUCCGUGACGCUCUUCCUGUUCUGUCAUCCCUCGACCCUGGCUGCGAACAAACCCGCCUCGCCAAACUUGCCGGUUUAACCCUUCGUCCCGAAAUAUUCGGUCCUCCCGCAUCCUGGGGUCCUGCCGAUGUUCGCGGCACGGGGAUCCUCCUGGUCGGCCUGUCCUCUCGCGACAUCGAGUCCAUCCCACCCGAAGCGUUCCUUGGUCUGAGCCCCUCCGUCGCGGAAUCCUUGCCAUCCUCGCUGCUCGAAGUCCUCUCUCCCGAGCAGGUCGAACAUAUCCCGCAAUUCUCGGCCCAAGCCAUGACAUCCGCUCAACGGGGCAGUUUGAGUUCAGAAGCGCAGGAAAAGCUAGACUCGCUCGUGGCGGGACCGGUCGUUUCGCUGGCCGGAAGCCUCAACCAAAACGGCUUCAUCACAACUCCAAUACUCUCCGUCCUUCUGACGGCAAUUUUUGCACACAGAAUAUUACUCUAAACUUUUACGAGGAAAAAUGAAAAAUUUGACAAUUUUUUAAUUCAAAUACCAAAGAAAGAAUAUCGACCAAUUCAAUAAGAUAAAAAUAGUAUAACUCUACAACAACUUUCCAACAGCGACCCAUCCCUUUUCUACGUCAAAGAUAACCUAUACAAGUUUCCCAUCCAUUUAAAAGGUGCAUAUUUACCUGGAUGUUGUCCAUUUCAUGAAUUAAUUAUAUGUACACACUAAUUACUCAAUUUAACCUGUAGAAAUUUCAGAGGCGAGUAUUCACAAGAACAGAAUUCAGUCUUCAGGAGGUAUUAUAAAUAACUUGAUAAUACUUUGUAACGAUUUGUAGGUUAAUAACUUCCUCGGUUAACUUUGCUUCCACAUUUUCCAAUUUCUAGCUGUGUCUAGAGGUCGAUGAGAUUAUUAACAAUUAAUUGUCUAGAGCAGAGCUUUAAUUAUAUGAAAUAGAACCAAAGCCGACAUGCCCAUUUAACUGUAUGUAAAGCAAAAAAACUGGGAUUUGCAUUAUUAUACAUUGCAAAUCUAUGAAAUGAAUCUCGUCUCACUACAAAAUAUAUGUAAAUUAUGCACCACUAACAAGUAAUGGCUAAAAAUUUAUAUGUAACCAUUUACAAGUGCAACUAAUAAGAUUCAAAUAUUUAAUUAAUAUCCUCCGCAUGUUUGUCAUUAGAAUAAAUUACACGUAUCAAAUUUUACCAUAAAUCUAGAAGGUUCAACAAAAUAAUUGCGUAUAUACGUAUUUACUAAUUAUUUCAAUAAUAGUGAAGAACAACUCUAUACAUUGAACAGUGUCAUAUUUAGAUACUGAGAAUAUUUAAUUGUCUUCUUUAACCAUUCAGGGAUUAAUUAUAGUUACGUUUUAAUUAAUUUUAUUAUUAUUCUAUGUUGUGUUAAAAAAUCAGUAUUUUUUGAAACUUUAACGUCUUUAACUAUGUUGUAAAAUUGGAGUCAACAAGUCAGAGAAAAGCGUGGGGGACAAGUUUAGCAUUAAUUAAUUAAUUCCCAGUAAUAACAAAAUAAAUUUUAGCUCGAAAAUCAAUUUAGCAUGUUAGACUUGUUUACAAAUAUGUCAAUAAGUGUACAAUUGUCAGUAAAAUUACAUAAGUAGUUAUUAAAUUAGUAAAUAAUUUGCUGCAUGUUCACUGCCAACAUUUUGCCGGGUGGGUGGAUAAAAUGAGGAUGAAAGAAUACAAGAAAAAUUACGGUAUACAUACAUAAAUUACAACUUGAUAAAUGUGAAAGAAAAAGAAUAUUCAUUAAAUAAAUAAAUACCAGUACAAAACAUAA